GAUCUCAUCUUAAUCCAACAUGAGGAUUGCACCUUGCAAUAUAGAGCUAGUUACUGCGGCGAGGAAAAUCUUCCUUUUAACAGGCAGAACACUCCAGCAGAACCAGACUCAUGUUAGACACACAUCUGCUGAGACCGAGUUGUGGUUGGAAAGAGGGAGUAAGAAUAAGAGAGAGAGAGAGAGAGAGAGCAAUGAUAGUGAUGAGACGAAUAGUAGUAGUAUCUGCUGCCACUGGAGUCCAGCACGCCCGUAUCAAGAGGAGGUCUACAGCAGUGUCUCAAAGGAACCUACGAGACAAGGGAGCUCAGGGACUCCAGAAAGGUCUAUGGGCCAGUGUCAAGACUGCAAAGUUGGAGGACCAAAUUUGUGGGCAUGUUUGGAGAACGGCUGUGCGUAUGUCGGCUGCGGAGAAUCUCACACUGACCACAGCACCGUGCACUCGCAGGAGACGAGGCACAACCUGACGGUGAACCUGACCACGCUCCGGGUGUGGUGCUACGCAUGCGGCAAGGAGGUUUUCCUGGAGCGUAAACUUGGCCCCAGCUCCCACCACCCCAACAGUAAACCCCUCCCCUCCUCACAGAGUGCUGGCCAGGAUAACAGCAGGGCCCCUGGAAGCCCAACCUCUCUGAGAGUGCCCCCUAAUGGAGGCUGUGAAGACCUGGACAUGGAGACAGAGGAGGAGGAUGAAGUGCGAGCUCGAGGCCUGACGGGGCUGAAGAACAUCGGCAACACCUGCUACAUGAACGCUGCCCUGCAGGCCCUGUCCAACUGCCCGCCCUUGACACAGUUCUUUCUUGAAUGUGGCGGCAUGGUGAGGACAGACAAGAAGCCAGCCCUCUGCAAAAGCUACCAGAAACUCGUUUCAGACCUGUGGCACAAGAGCAGACCCUCCUACGUCGUCCCGACCAACUUGUUCCAGGGGAUCAAAGCCAUAAACCCCAUGUUUAGAGGAUACUCUCAGCAGGACUCACAGGAGUUCCUGCGCUGCUUGAUGGAUCAGCUUCACGAGGAGCUGAAGGAGCAGCUGCCCGAGCCCUUUGACCAAUCCAACGGCAUCACCAUGGAUGACGGCCACGAGGAAAGCCACAGCCAAUCGGACAAUGAUUUCCAGUCCUGCGAGUCCUGUGGUAGCAGUGAGCGGGCCGAUAACGAGGUGCAUGGCGGGAGCGUGCUGAUGGAUGUCACCAACGAGGCCGAGAUGCUGAUUCCAGAGCCGGACGAGAUCCAGGCCAACAGGGAGUGGCAGAAGGAGAAGAACAUGAUUAAUGACUUUUACCGCUCGGGGGUUAAUGGUGUCAUGGGUAGAAGCACUGGAGUGGACAUGGACAAGGAUGUUGACACCACCACUGAAGCCAUGCCUAUCAUUAGCAGCCAGGGAGCCAUCAAGGUUCAGAGCAGAACAUCAGAUUCCUUCCCAGACAUCCAAAUGUCCAACAUAAGACCACAGAGUCCAGUCCCAAUGGAGGGACACAUUCCCAAACUGUCCAGCAGCCCACCCAAAGCCUCCUCAGGCUGGCCCAGUCUGAACCCAGCACACAAGAAAGCAGUGACCACAUUCUCCCCACCAAAGAACAAGCGCCAGAAGAAAUACCGCAGUGUCAUCUCGGAUGUGUUUGAUGGGACAAUUGUCAGCUCAGUGCAGUGCCUCACCUGUGAUCGGGUGUCUGUGACGCUGGAGAACUUCCAGGAUAUUUCGCUGCCCAUCCCGGGGAAGGAAGACCUGGCCAAGCUGCACUCCUCCACCCACCAGACCUCCCUGGUUAAAGCCGGCUCCUGUGGGGAAGCCUACGCACCACAAGGCUGGAUUUCAUUUGUCAUGGAAUACAUCAAGAGCUGGUUCUGGGGUCCCGUGGUUACGCUACAGGACUGCCUCGCAGCUUUCUUUGCCAGAGAUGAACUAAAGGGAGACAACAUGUACAGCUGUGAAAAAUGCAAGAAAUUACGAAACGGAGUCAAAUUUUGUAAAAUGCAAAGUUUGCCAGAGAUCCUGUGUAUUCACUUGAAGCGCUUCAGGCACGAACUGAUGUUCUCCACCAAAAUAAGCACCCACGUCUCAUUCCCACUGGAGGGCCUGGACCUGCAGCCUUUUCUGGCCAAAGACAGCUCAGCCCAGACAUCCAACUAUGACCUGCUGUCAGUCAUCUGUCACCACGGCACUGCCAGCAGUGGCCACUACAUAGCGUACUGCAGGAAUGAUGUCAACAAUCUGUGGUAUGAAUUUGAUGACCAAAGUGUGACUGAGGUGUCUGAAUCCUGCGUCCAGAAUGCUGAGGCCUAUGUGCUCUUCUAUAAAAAGAGCAACGAGGACACACUGAAAGAACGGAGGAGGGUGUCAGGUUUAUUCAACAUGAUGGAGCCCAGCCUCCUGCAGUUCUACAUCUCCCGCCAAUGGCUAAACAAGUUCAAGACCUUUGCUGUGCCAGGCCCCAUUUCCAACGACGACUUCCUGUGUUCGCAUGGAGGUGUGCCACCCAACAAAGCAACAUUCAUCGACGACCUGGUCGUGAUGCUGCCACAGAACGUGUGGGAUCACCUCUACAGCAGGUACGGAGGGGGACCAGCUGUCAACCACCUGUACGUUUGCCACACGUGUCAGAUCGAGAUCGAAAAACUGGAGAAGCGGCGAAAGUCAGAGCUGGACAUGUUUGUCAGGUUGAACAAGGCGUUCCAGGAGGAGGAGUCUCCAGUGGUCAUAUACUGCAUCAGCAUGCAGUGGUUUCGUGAGUGGGAGGGCUUUGUCAAAGGAAAAGACAAUGAUCCGCCAGGGCCCAUUGAUAAUUCCAAGAUUACCGUAAACAAGAACGGACAUUUAACAUUAAAACAAGGAGCUGACUCGGGACAGAUCUCUGAAGAGACGUGGAACUUCCUCCACUCCAUCUACGGCGGCGGGCCACUUGUGACGGUCCGGCCCAACAUCAGUCACCAGGAAACAGAAUCAUCACAGUCGGAGGAGAAGAUUGAAGUGGAGACGCGCUCUGUUUAGCAAAGCGCUCUGCAGAAAAAAGAAAUCAACAGAAAACAUUUAAGAAAUGGAAAGCCUUUUAUUUUGCACUUGACUUUUUAUUUGAAAGCGUACAAGCGAAGGACCUCAUCUUUACAGCUACAAGGCAGCCUUUGACAUCUGACAGGGAAUGAACAUGUCUGGAAAGGGUUGUCGUGUUGUACAAAUCUGUAUAAAGAGCUCUUAAAUUUCUAUUAGCACUGUAGUAUUCAUGUGUCAGGUUAUUUUAAGAACCGAGCAUUUAAAUUAUAUGCAGCUAAAUAUUCCACUGAAUGCCAUUUUCUCUUGACCAAAAUGAGCACAUACUGUAUGUCCACGUGUCAUGUGUUGCUGAUAUUUGAUGAAUCAAAAUACAUCUUGCUGUAGAUAAAUCACAUUUUUUCUGUUGUUGGAGAAUAAUGUCCAAUGAAUGGUAGAGAGAGAAAAAUGUGAAACUUAAUGUGAUUGAAAUUAUAAGGUUAUGAAGGGACUAAUUUCUGACUAGUCUCAGGAAUGAAUUUCUUGUUUUGCACUGUUCAGUAGAAAUACAAAUUGGCAUGCUCACGCAAAUGUCUGGUUUGUAUUUGAAUGUACCAGUUCUGAUAGUAUGUUGGUCAAGACUCAGCACUUGGAUAUUUAUCACAGAAGGGAUUGAUAUAAUAUGAUGUUAAUAGUUUUUUUGUAGACGAUAUGUGGCAGGCAGAGUAUGUUAAGAGUGCAUGCUUUAACACUAAACCCCAGUUUAACAUCACAUGUAAAUGCAUGUAAAUGCAAAGCUGCUCAUAAAAUGUGCACGAAGAAUUACAAUCUGGAUUUUCACUGAAUUGUACAGCUAAAAGAAACGUAAUCAGCAGCAUCAACAAUCUAAUUAAGGCAUUAUUUGUGUGUAAGGGCAUAGUGUUGCUUAUAUGUUGGCUGAUAGGGGGAUGAAACAAUGCUGUACUGUAAGUUUUUGCAUAUGGAUGUCACUUGAGUAAGAUCCAUCCUGACUUUUGCUGGCUGACACUAUUAAAACUUGAUGAAAACAUG